UGGUCCUGGUCCUGGUCCUGGUUCUGGGUCUGGAUCUGACUAAUAGUAACAUUUACAUACUGUGGAUCAGAGAUGUCGUCUGGAUCAGAACCUCCAGAAUCUGGACUAAAGUCGGUCAGAAGAUCUCCACGUCUGUCUCCUCAGAGCAGUGGAGUUGAAGGAAAGAAGGAGGAGAAGAAAGGAGGGAGCAGUCUGCAGGAGGUGAAGAGGAGAGGAAAGAUGGAGAGGAGCAGAGAAGAAGAGGAGGAGAUGAACGACAGACUGAAGAAGCUGGAUCUGUCCAGUCGAUCAGCAGCUACUGGAACUGGUCUGGUUUACUCCAAGGUCUUCACCCACCACAAGAACCUGUGGGACCCCAGUCACCCAGAGUGUCCGGACCGAGUGACGUCCAUCAUGGAGGAGUUGGACAGACAGGAGCUGCUGUCUCACUGCAUCACAGUGGAGCCCAGAGAAGCUUCAGAAGAAGAGCUGCUGCUCGGUCACAUGAAACAUGUGGAUUUGAUGAAGUCGACUCAGACGAUGACGCAGAGUGAACUCCAAACUCUGUCUGAGAAAUACGACUCAGUUUACAUUCAUCCUGAGUCUUUCCAGGUGAGUGUGUUGGCGGUGGGUUCAGUUCUCCAGCUGGUUGAUCGGGUUGUGACCUCUGAACUCAGGAACGGAUUUGCCAUCAUCAGACCUCCAGGUCAUCACGCUCAGUGUAACGAGGCGAAUGGUUUCAGCAUCUUCAACAACGUGGCAAUCGCAGCUCGAUACGCUCGGACCAGACACUCAGUCAGCAGGGUGCUGAUUGUGGACUGGGACGUUCAUCAUGGUCAGGGUGUCCAGUAUCUGUUCCAGGAAGACCCCAGCGUCCUGUACUUCAGUGUCCACAGGUAUGAGGGCGGGUCUUUCUGGCCCCACCUCCCAGAGUCGGACAGCCAGUUUGUCGGCAGUGGACGAGCUGAAGGCAGAAACAUCAACCUGCCCUGGAACAAGACCGGAAUGACAGACGCUGAUUACAUCACAGCUUUUCAACAACUGCUGCUUCCUGUAGCUCAUGAGUUUCAGCCUCAGCUGGUUCUGGUCUGUGCUGGAUUUGAUGCUGCAGUCGGAGAUCCAAAGGGGGACAUGCGUGUCAGUCCUCAGUGUUUCCAUGUUCUCACUCACAUGUUGAUGAGUUUGGCUGAAGGUCGACUUGUUCUCGCCCUCGAGGGAGGUUAUGACCUGCAGUCGACAGCAGAGGGCGCUGCUGCCUGUGUCAGAGCUCUGCUGGGAGGAGCCUGUCCUCCUCUGACUCCGCCCACCGCCCCAUCUGACAGUGCUUUGCAGUCUGUCUCUCAGACCAUCUCAGCUUUGUAUCCACACUGGGCGUGUCUACAGAUUCUGGAAGGUGUCUCAUUGGCCAAGGGGAGUGUCAUCAGAGAAACCAAUAAGCAGAGUGCUAAGCAAUCUAGCCCCGCCCGUUAUGUUGCUACGACAACAGGUCUGGUUUAUGAUGAGCGGAUGAUGGAGCACAUGAACAUGUGGGACAGACAUCAUCCUGAGCAGCCUCAGAGGAUCUUUAAAAUCUUCUCCAAACAUCAACAGCUGGGAUUGGUCGAUCGUUGCCAGCGGAUACCAGCUCGCUUAGCAACAGAGGAGGAGCUGUCCAGGUGUCACAGUGUGCAGCACAUCGAGCAGAUGAAGAGCACGGCGGUGAUGAAGCCCAGAGAUUUACACAAACUUGGAGUCGAGUUCAACUCGAUCUACAUCAACAACCAGAGCUACAGGAGCGCUCUGCUCGCUGCUGGAGGCUGCUUCAACGCCGUGGAGAGCAUCCUCACAGGACAGGUGAGUAACGGCGUGGCGAUCGUCCGUCCUCCUGGUCAUCACGCAGAGAGAGAUUCUCCGUGCGGUUUCUGCUUCUUCAACACGGCAGCGCUCGCCGCUCGCCACGCCCAAAACAUCUCCCAUGAUGCACCGCUGCGCGUUCUCAUCCUGGACUGGGAUGUUCACCAUGGCAACGGGACGCAGCACAUGUUUGAGGAUGACGACAGCGUCCUGUAUGUCUCCCUCCAUCGCUAUGACAACGGGAUGUUCUUCCCGUCCUCAGAGGACGCCGCCCCCGACAGGGUGGGCGUGUCCAAGGGGGCGGGGUUUAACGUCAAUGUAGCGUGGAAUGGAGGGCGGAUGGGCGACUCUGACUACCUCGCCGCCUUUCACCACGUGGUCAUGCCGAUCGCCACCGAGUUUGACCCUGGUCUGGUGCUGGUGUCAGCCGGGUUCGAUGCGGCUCGGGGGGAUCCGCUGGGCGGAUAUCAUGUGACCCCGGAGGGAUACGCCCACCUCACACACCAGCUGAUGUCACUAGCAGGGGGGCGUGUCCUACUCAUACUGGAGGGAGGUUAUAACUUAACAUCCAUCUCUGACUCCAUGGCGAUGUGCACCAGCGUGUUGCAAGGAGACCCCCCUCCCUCCUUAGUGACACCCCUCCCCCCUCCUCAUCACAGCGCCGUAGCAACAAUCAACGAGGUCAUCAGACACCACGCCCCCUACUGGAGGUCACUGAGGAUCCACAUCCCAGAGUGUGUGCGGGCGUCCCUGCCCGCCCUGAAGCAUCGUGGGAAACGUAGUUCUAAAGGAAAAGGCAGGAAGUCGGACAAACCACCGCUGCCUCCUACAGGACAGGAGGCGCACAGCCUGGAGCAGCUCACGCAGGGAUUGGCCAGUUUGGACAUCAGUCAAAUCUCAGCCAGUCACACGCCUGCCACGUCCACAGCAGUGGGUGGGGCCAGGCCGAAGGUCCGCCUCAGCCCGGAGAAGGUCACCUGUGGAGGUGAAGUGACACUUGGGCAGAGCCAAUCAGCAGAGAGCAUGGAGCUGCAGACCCAGACGGUUGUCGUGGCAGCGUCAGAGUCGGUUGCCGCUGGAGAGAAAUGUACAAGUGAAGGGGGGGCGGAGCCAGAGACAGAGGGAGCGUGUGGUUGGUCAAAGCGUCAGACGUCUCUGGAGCUGAUGUGUGGAGGACAGACGGCCCCUCUGUACGUAGUGGACCCUCUGUCUUGGUGUCCUCACCUGGACUCCGUUAAGUCCCCCCCACCCUCAGGUAUAGAUGUCUCCCUGUUGUGUCAGGACUGUGGGUCUGAUGCUGAGAACUGGACCUGUCUCACCUGCUACCAGGUGUUCUGUGGUCGUUAUGUUAAUGAGCAUAUGGUGACUCACGGCGUGAUGUCAGAACAUCCCAUGGUGCUUAGCUUCUCUGACCUCUCCGUGUGGUGUUACCUGUGUGAGGCCUACGUCCACCACCAGGUAACAGACACAGUACAGACCACAAACAGAUAAACAACAGAUAAUAAA